GUAGAUACCUUGGACGACACAGCGCCACCGCUUCCAUCGACAGUCGUAACGCAGCCACGCGCCGUUGUAUCGAGCGUAUUUUGCGGCUAGGAGAAUCGCACCAAUAUAUAGCUCUGUCCAACCGUCCCGCUAUAGAAUCUAGGCGCUGUGCCAAAUUGUCUGAACCUGUCCACAGUGCAGCCAGCAAAGGCGACAGAGUUCUGCGCCGGCUCAUCUCCGCCAGAGCCGAUCGACCGCCCUACCCAUUAGUGUUUAUCGUGCCAGACGCAUGAAUCGUCUGUAGGUGACCUGCUGGGGAAUUUGGCACCGUCAUCUGGCAGUAGUCCAUCCCGCUAUGGACGCGGGUGAAUCUGGCACUAGGCAAAGUGGUUUUACUCCCACCAGCACCUCCGCCGCCAGACCUGAUCUUUUCAACCAACACCCACGGCACCCUGCCGAUCAAUACCCAAGAGAACGGCAAUCCAACAUGGCCGCCGCAGCACUCAUGAGUCCGGCUUCUGCCUAUCACCCACACAACUCGGCAUUCUCUCAAUCAUACACGCAUCCGUCUCCAGCUCCAAUGUCCGGGAUCCUCGGUCAGGGAGAUGCUUUGAGGAGGGCUUCGAAAGAUUCUGAACCAUCGCAAAGACAAAGCCUUCCUUCGAUAUCAGAGAUGUUCAGUGCCAAGCCCAGUACCUACACACCGACAACACCGACAAGCAUGGCUGGCUCAUCAAGCUUGCCACCGCCGCCCCCGCCGCCGCCCUCAUAUGGUAAUGGGGCUGCAGCACGCCCAGAACCAGCCUCGGAUCCUCGGCCUGCGCCGCCGCACUUCGCUCAGCGUCCCGAUAGUGGAGUCGCAGGCCCAGGAUACCAUCAGUAUCAUGAGCCACGUGAACCUGCAAGGCCUACGGAACAUCAUCCUCAAAGAAACGGUAGUUUCUCCAGCUCUCAUGUCCCACCGGUCCCGUACACUGCAAACGGACAGCUCCCGCCAGGACAAUUGCCUCUCUCGCAGGCGCCACCAAUCUCCCCGCGGUAUAUGGGACCUCCCGUACCACCACCCUUUGACCCUCAACGGCCUACAGUUCAUCCCGAAGAGGAAUACAAUAUGCAACGACGAUAUGACCCAAAUGCUCUGAACCGUCAUUUCGAGGCCUGGGGUUAUACUGAUUGCCUCCAACGGGUAAGUACAUGAUGACUUGCCACAUUGGUCACCAGAAUCGUACUCACAUCUACUAGAUCAUGGGAAUGUCGAGGACUAUCUUCAACUUUGCAGAGG